AUGGAAAGUAGCCAGAGCAAUCUGCAACCAUGGACCAUAGCUACCGUGGCCUCAGUCACGGUAUUGGCAUUUGUCACUGUUUGUCUUCGACUAAUUGCACGUUUUGAACGGUCGCAAAAGCUAUGGUGGGAUGACUAUAUGAUUGUCUUUUCUAUGCUAUGGAACUUUAUUGUUGUUGGAUUCAUCUACGCGAUGGUCCACGAGGGAAUGGGACUGCAUGCAGACACUAUAGCAACCGAGAAUGUGGUGAUGAUUGCAAAGUACCUUAUUGUUGCUGAGGUUCUCUAUGUUUUCAACCUCGUUUGGACCAAAUUAUCAAUCUUGCUCAUGUACUAUCGAAUCUUCCGCUUUCCCUACUUCAAGACAUGGGCAUACGUGAUUGGAGGCUUUGUUAUUAUUUGGGUUAUCUGUAUUACUUUCCUCUUCAUCUUCAUUUGCGUUCCCGUUCAGAAGAUAUGGAAUCCCCAGAUCCCAGGAAGGUGCAUCAACCAGGUUGGUACUUGGAUUGCAAAUGCCGUCUCAACGAUCGCAACCGACAUUGCGAUUCUCCUGCUGCCGAUUCCACAAGUGUGGAAGCUACAACUUCGAACUUCAGAAAAAAUAGCUGUCUCCGUUGCCUUCAGUCUGGGGUUCUUCGUCGUCUUCACAUCUGCAUAUCGUUUCUCGGUCCUCUUCAGCUACAGCUCACUUGACUCCUCCUAUACUCUUGCUCCAACAGUUGGCUGGACCGCAAUCGAGAUGUCUGCAGGAAUAAUUUCGGCCAAUCUCCCAACACUUCGCCCCGCUUUCCGGUUCAUAACACGCAAGCUGGGCAUUAAUGGCAGCGCUAUAGCUUUUUUCAGGAGUACAAACGGAACACGGACCAGGGGCACAAGUGGCGUCACCCAACCUUCAGAAACAGCGGAGAGUUCUGCUGCUAUCACUCAGCUCUCAAAGCAAAAACGGCAUUCCUUUUAUCACUUACCAGAUGAUUCAGGAUCUAUGUCAGACCAGGCAAGAAUGGAAGCUUCAUUCAGGCCGGAUUAUGAUCAUGCGAAGACGUAUACCAAUGUGAAGGGCCAGCAGGUUGGUCACCAGUCUGAUGAUGAUGAAAUUCCCCUCUCUGAGAUUAGAGUGGACAAAGAGUUUAUUCAGACUGCUACUUCUUAA